AGGGUAGAACUGGGCAGCCAGGGAGCCAUGAACAGAAAAAAUUAGGCCUAGGGUAAGUCUGUGAAGCCCAGAGAAAGAGGACAGCAUAGGCGUUAAGAACUGGGGGUCUUUCAAACACUCAAAAGGAGUGUUUUGAGGGAGGAAGGACUCUUUAAAGGAAGCUGCAGGAGGAUUCUGGGAAGUCAAAACCACCCUGAGCUACCAAGUUGAGAACUUUGUCUACAAACAAGCACGGCAGCCUCAGCACUUUGGGAAGCUCAAUCAGAUUCAGUCCGGCUGGUGACUGGAGGCAGGAGACAAAUCGCAAAUAAAUGCACGGGGCUUCCUGGAUGCCCUGGAGUAAUUUUCAGGGUCUUGUUGGACGCCAGGUUCUGUCAGUUUGAGUCAUAAGAGAAGUAAAGAGAGACAUGCACUGCUGCUCCGCCUUGAGGCUGUCCUUAAGGGGUGGAGCCAAGGACACAGAAGACUGUCUGGGACAUGCCACCAAGUGAGGACAUUUCCAAUCACUCCCUGAGCCAGGAACAGAGGCUUCUGGUUCCCUGCUGGUGGCUGCCACAGCAGUCCUUGGGAACUCUGCCUUCCUGGUGGGUUGGCCAACAUAGCAGGUGAGAUAAACCCUGUAGGCUCAGGCACUGAAGUGCUCCGGGCAGUCUCUGUGAGGCAGUCUCUGUGUGCCUACCCACCCUGCUCUCCUAGUCACCUGAGUGCAACUGAGAACUGGGAUGUGCGUCCUGCUCUUCCUGCUCCUGCUGGCCUCUGUCUUCUCACCAGGCCAGAGCACAUGGAGCGUCUCCAGUCCCAAGAACGUGCAGGGCUUGACGGGAUCUUGCCUGCUCAUUCCCUGCAUCUUCAGUUUCCCUGCUGACAUACCAGUGCCCAAUGGCAUCACAGCCAUCUGGUACUAUGACUACGCGGGCAAUCGGCAGGUAGUAAUCCACUCAGGGGACCCCAAGCAGGUGGACGCACGCUUCAGGGGCCGAGCUGAACUGAUGGGGAACAUGGACCACAAGGUGUGCAACCUGUUGCUCAAAGACCUGAAGCUUGAAGACUCUGGCACCUACAACUUCCGCUUUGAGAUCAGUGAUGGCAACCGCUGGUCAGAUGUCAAAGGCACCACAGUCACUGUGACAAAGGAUCCCAGCCCCCCCACUAUUUCCAUCCCGGAGGAGCUUCGGGAAGGCACGGAGGUGAACUUCAACUGUUCCACACCCUACCUGUGCCUGCAGGAGAAGCGGGUCAGCCUGCAGUGGCAAGGCCAGGACCCCACCCACUCUGUCACCUCCAGCUCCCAGAGUCUCGAGCCCACCGGUGUCUAUCACCAGACGACCCUGCACAUGGCCCUGUCCUGGCAGGACCACCAUCGGACUCUGCGCUGCCAGUUCUCAUCGGCCACACAGAGUAGUCAGAAAGAGGCUCAUCUGCAAGUGCAGCAUGCCCCCAAAGGUGUGGAGAUCCUCCUCAGCUCCUCAGGAAAGAACAUCCUUCCAGGGGACCUAGUCACGCUCACCUGCCGGGUGAACAGCAGCUACCCUGCCAUCAGCUCUGUGCAGUGGGCCAGGGAUGGAGUGAACCUCGGUGUCAAGGGACAUGUGCUUCGGCUAUCUUCAGCUACCUGGAAUGAUUCUGGGGUCUACACCUGUCAAGCAACGAAUAAUGUGGGCUCUCUGGUGUCGCCCCCGCUCAGCCUCCAUGUUUUUAUGGCUGAAGUCAAAAUGAACCCAGCAGGGCCCAUCUCAGAAAAUGAGACAGUGACACUGCUCUGUAGCAUCCCCAAGGAGGCGCCCCAGGAGCUCCGCUACAACUGGUACAAGAACCACAUUCUUCUGGAAGAUGCCCAUGCCCCAACCUUGCACCUGCCCGCAGUCACCAGGGCUGAUACUGGUUUCUACUUCUGUGAGGUACAGAACACCCAGGGCAGUGAGCGCUCCAGCCCUGUGAGUGUGGUGGUCAGACAUCCACCCCUUACUCCGGACCUGACCAGCUUCUUGGAGACACAGGCUGGACUUGUGGGCAUUUUCCAUUGCUCUGUGGUCAGUGAGCCCCUGGCUACUGUGGUACUGUCACACGGAGGGCUUAUGUUGGCCUCCAGCUCUGGAGAAAAUGACUUCAACCCCCGAUUCAGCAUUUCCUCUGCCCCCAACUCCCUGCGCCUAGAAAUCCGAGACUUGCAGCCAGCAGACAGCGGGGAAUACACGUGCUCAGCUUCCAACCCCCUCGGAGACUCAAAGGCCAGCCUAGACUUCCAUGCUAAUGUGGCCCGACUCCUCAUCAGCCCUUCAGCAGAGGUUGUGGAAGGGCAGGCGGUGACCCUGAGCUGCAGGAGUGGCCUGAGCCCAGCAGCUGGCACUCGCUUCUCCUGGUACCUGAAUGGAGCUCUGCGUCAGGAUGGCCCCAGCAGCAGCCUCCUGCUUCCUGCGGCUUCCAGCACCGAUGCUGGCUCUUACUACUGCAGGACACAGGCUGGCCCUAACACCAGCGGCCCCUCCCUGCCUACUGUCCUCACUGUGUUCUAUCCCCCAAGAAAGCCCACAUUCACUGCCAGGCUGGAUUUGGACACCUCUGGAGUGGGGGAUGGACGGCGUGGCGUCCUCUUGUGCCGUGUAGACAGUGACCCACCAGCCCAGCUACGGCUUCUCCACAAAGGCCAUGUUGUGGCCACUUCUCUGCCAUCAAGGUGUGGGAGCUGCUCUCAGCGGACAAAAGUCAGCAGAGACUCCAACUCACUGCGUGUGGAGAUCCAGGAGCCAGUAUUAGAGGAUGAGGGCGUGUACCUGUGUGAGGCUAGCAACACACUGGGCAACUCCUCAGCCUCAGCCUCCUUCAAUGCUAAGGCCACUGACCUGGUCAUCACACCGUCCAAUACACUGCGUGAAGGCACAGAGGCCAACCUAACUUGCAGCGUGAACCAGGAGGCUGCUGUCAGCCCUGCCAACUUCUCCUGGUUCCGGAAUGGAGCGCUGUGGACCCAGGGACCACUGGAGACCGUGAGGCUGCAGCCUGUGGCCAGGACUGAUGCUGCUGUCUAUGCCUGCCGCCUCCUCACUGAGGAUGAGGCUCAGCUCUCGGCUCCUGUGGUCCUAAGUGUGCUGUAUGCCCCAGACCCUCCAAAGCUGUCAGCCCUCUUGGAUGUGGGUCAGGGCCACAUGGCCGUGUUCAUCUGCACUGUGGACAGCUAUCCAGUGGCUCACCUGUCUCUCUUCCAUGGGGACCACCUCCUGGCCACCAACUUAGAACCCCAGCGUCCAUCCCAGGGCAGGAUCCAGGCCAAGGCCACAGCCAACUCCCUGCAGCUGGAGGUCCGAGAACUAGGUCUCGAGGACUCAGGAAACUACCGCUGCGAAGCCACAAAUGCUCUGGGAUCAGCCAACAGUUCCCUCUUCUUCCAGGUCAGAGGAGCCUGGGUCCAGGUUUCGCCAUCACCUGAGCUCCGGGAGGGCCAGGCUGUGGUCCUGAGCUGCCAGAUGCCCACAGGGGUCCCUGAGGGGACCUCAUUCCGCUGGUAUCAGGAUGGCCGCCCCCUCCGGGAGUCAACCUCUUCUACACUCCGCAUUGCAGCCAUAAGUCUGAGGCAAGCUGGCGCCUACCAUUGCCAAGCUCAGGCUCCCGACACAGCUUCUGCCAGCCUGGCUGCCCCUGUCAGCCUCCAUGUGUCCUAUACCCCACGUCAGAUGACACUCAGUGCCCUGUUGAGUUCGGGCCCUGAGCGGCUCGGCCACUUGGUGUGCAGUGUACAAAGUGACCCUUCAGCUCAGCUGCGACUGUUUCACCGGAACCGCCUCGUGGCCUCUACCCUACAAGGCCCGGAGGAAUUGGCAAGCAGUGAUCCCCGGCUGCACGUGACUGUGAGGCCCAAUGAGUUGCAUCUGGAGAUCCACUUUACAGAGCUGGAGGAUGGCGGCACCUAUACAUGUGAAGCCACCAACACCCUGGGCCAGGUCUCGGCUACAGCUGACUUCGAUGCCCAGGCUGUGCGUGUGGCUGUGUGGCCCAAUGCCACUGUGCAAGAGGGGCAGCAGGUGAACCUCACCUGCUUGGUCUGGGGCACCCACCAGGACUUACCCAACUACACAUGGUACAGGGGUGGCCAGCAGCUCCUUGGUGCCAGAUCCAUCUCCCUGCCAAGUGUCACAGUUUCGGAUGCUACCUCCUACCGCUGUGGUGUGGGGCUCCCUGGCCACGCGCCCCAUCUCUCCAGACCUGUGACCCUGGAUGUCCUCUAUGCUCCCCGGAGCCUGCGGCUGACCUACCUCCUAGAGACCCAGGGCAGGCGGCUGGCCCUGGUCCUGUGUACUGUGGAUAGUCGUCCACCUGCCCAGCUAACUCUCAGCCACGGUGGCCAGCUCCUAGCCUCCUCAACUGAAGCUUCUGCCCCCAACACCCUGCGCCUAGAGCUUCAGGACCCCAGGCCUAGUGAUGAAGGGCUCUAUAGCUGCUCUGCCCACAGCCCACUGGGCGAGGCCAACACAACCCUGGAGCUCCGGCUGGAAGGUGUACAAGUGAAAAUGAAUCCCUCUGGUACUGUACCCGAGGGAGAGCCUGUCACCGUGACCUGCGAGGACCCUGCUGCCCUCUCACCCACCCUCUAUGCCUGGUUUCACAACGGCCAUUGGCUUCAGGAGGGCCCGGCUUCCUCACUCCAGUUCCCGGUGACAACACGGGCUCAUGCUGGCGCUUACCUUUGCCAGGUGCAUGAUCCUCAGGGCACACGGAGCUCCAGACCUGCCAGCCUGCAAAUUCUCUAUGCCCCUCGGGAUGCUGUGCUGUCCUCCUUUCGAGACUCAAGGACCAGGCUCAUGGUCGUGAUUCAGUGCACUGUGGACAGCGAGCCACCUGCUGAGCUGAUCCUAUCCCACAACGGCAAGGUGCUAGCUGCCAGCCGCGAGCUUUACAGCCCGGCGUCAGGGAUAGGCCACCUCCAGGUAGCCCGAAAUGCUCUUCGACUACAGGUGCAAGAUGUGACUGUAGGUGAUGACAACACCUAUGUCUGCACAGCCCAGAAUACACUGGGCUCCACCAGUACCACCCAGAAGCUCCUGACAGAGACUGAUAUACGCGUGGCAGCUGAGCCAGGCUUGGAUGUACCAGAGGGCACAGCUCUGAACUUAAGCUGCCUCCUCCCUGGUGGCUCCAAGCCCAUGGGCAAUUCUUCCUUCACGUGGUUCUGGAAUCGCCAGCGACUCCACUCAGCUCCUGUGCCCACACUCUCCUUCUCCCCGGUGGUCCGGGCUCAGGCUGGCUUGUACCAUUGCAGGGCUGAGCUCCCCACUGGGGUCACUACCUCUGCCCCGGUCAUGCUCCGGGUCCUCUAUCCUCCCAAGACGCCCACUCUCACAGUGUUUGUGGAGCCUCAGGGUGGCCGCCAGGGCAUCCUCGACUGUCGGGUGGACAGUGAACCCCUGGCCAGCCUCACCCUCCACCGGGGCAGUCAACUAGUCGCCUCCAAUCAACUUCAUAGUGCUCCCACACAGCCCCACACCCGAGUCACUGCCCCUCCCAAUGCCUUGAGAGUGGACAUAGAGGAGCUCGGGCCUGGCAAUCAAGGGGAGUACGUGUGCACUGCUGCCAAUGCUCUGGGCUCCGCCUCAGCCUCUGCCUACAUUGGGACCAGCGCUCUGCACCAGCUACAGCUCUUCCAGAGGCUGCUCUGGGUCCUGGGGUUUGUGGCAGGCUUCCUGUGCCUGCUUCUGGGUCUGGUGGCCUGGCACACCUGGAGAAAGAAGAGUUCUACUAAGCUGAAUGUGAACGAGAAUUCAGCAGAGAUGGCCUCUCAGAAAGAUACUAUCCAGAUGACCCCUUCCUAGGACCGUAAGUCAGUGUGGGACCUUCUGUGACCCAGGUUUUCUUUAACGGGAAGCUCCUAGCUCUUGACGCAGCCACAAAUGGAACCUCAUCUCACGUCUAGUCCCUGAGCUGAUGAUGACUUACCUGCCCUCAGGCAGAAGUGGUUGCCGCUGAUAACCCCUCAGGUGUUGUGAACAAGGUCCUGCUCACCUCUGUAUAAGCAGCACAGAGACAUCUGGCUUUCCUGACCUGCCUGACUUGCCUUCCAAGCCUCUUGAUCCUAAGAAAAAUGGAUGAAGGGAGGUUUUGGAGUAGAGAUCAACCUUCUGCAUCCAGGGCUCUUGAGACUGACCCAGCCAUGUCACCCGUGUCUUUUUGUGUGGUUUUCCUUUGUAUCCCUUUGCUUUUCUCUUCAAAGCUCACCUUGGACUUUCUUGGUGGGUUAGAGCAGCAUCCAGCUCCUCAAGGACUUUCUAAGAUGGUCUGUACCAGGCAGGAUAUAAGUCAGGCUGCUCUGACAGAGGCUGGAUACAGUGACCACAGCAUGGCAUAGGGUUAGUUCUCCCUCCCAGCCUGGUUCUGCUGUGCUGGUAUCAGAACCCUUCUCUCGCUUGUCUACACUCCCCAAGUGUUGCCUUUGAUUAUGAAGCUCAGGUGACUGCAGUGCCCAUGAACCCUACAGUGAGAAGGAAGAGUGAAGAGGAGACACGCCCAUCCCCAAGGUCCAUGGGUGGACGGGGCAACUGCACCCCACCCACUUCUCAUCAGCUAGAAACGUCACAUAAACAUACCAUGCAGCAAGGGAGAUUGGAAAAUGUAGUUUUUACAUCCUGAGUCUUGGCAACAUUGGAACCUGUCUUUCUGAAGGAUACCAACUGUGGACACACAGCCCUAGGACUUUUGAUUUUGAAAAGAGUGGCAUUAUCAGGGAUAGGGUCUGAAUCAGUGUCCUGGGUCAUACUGUUUCGGAGUUUCCUGAAAGGCACAGUCCCCCUUACAUGGUAAACCGAGGAAGCCAAAAUUCGGUGGUCCCUAGGUAUCUUAUUUACUGUUCUUUUGCUGUGAGGAAGGGAGACUAUGACUAAGUUAACUCUUAUAAAAGAAAGCAUUUAGCUGGGUGUUUGCUUACAGUUUUAGAGUGUUAGUUCAUAAUCAUGGUGAGAAGCAGGAAGACAGAGAUAGAGAUAUUAUGACAGGGGGAGGGGGAGGGGAGAGAAAGACAAGUAGAUGAUAGAUAGAUAGAUAGAUAGAUAGAUAGAUAGAUAGAUAGAUAGAUCGAUAGAUAGACAGACCCUGGUGUGGCCUUUUGAAACCACGAAGCCCACCUCCAGUGUCACAUCUCCUCCAACAAGGCCACACCUUCCCAACUGCUCAUUAAUUGGGGACAAAGCAUUCAGACACAUGGGCUUGUGGGGGCAUUCUCAUUCAAACCAACACAUUGAUUAGGGUAAGGGCAUGCCGGGAAGACAUCCUUGUACCAGGUCUGGCCCCUGGAAGAAGAAGUAACUCAUCCCACUCUCUGUCACCCCACAGCUGUAUCAGUUCUUUCACGAGCAGGAGCAGACAGGGAUGUUAGCAGUGUCCUUGCUCCUGCCCUGGGUCCUGACAAAGUGCCCGUGCCACAGCAAAGUGAACAACUGCACAGUUCCUUUACGCCUAAGCCCCAGUGUCUGUUAAAACCGAGCAUCACCAGGAAGGAAUGACGUGCUCCUGGGAGGUCAGGGAUGGAGGGAAGCCAUGUCUGCAGCAGGCUUGAGAUUCCUGCUGUGGAUUGGUAGUAGAUCGUAAAGGGAACAAAGGGCCUGGGGUUGAGAACCCGGAAAAAGUGGGGUUGCAAUAGGAGGUAGAAGGUUGGGGAUGAAUUGGAAAAGGAGUAACUGUGCAACCAAGGCUGGGCCUUGCUCAUUCUAGGCCUGCUUUCUCCCUUCCUCCCCCUCCCCUUCCUCCCUCCCUUCCUCCCCCUCCCCUUCCUCCCUCCCUUCCUCCCCCUCCCCUUCCUCCCCCUCCCCUUCCACCCUCUUUCCUUCCUCCCUGUCUCCCUCCAUCCUUCUCUCUCCUCCUCUUCCCUCCCUCCCUCCGUCUCUCCAUCCAUCCCUUCCUCCAUCCCUUUUUUCCUUUCUUCCUUCUUUCUUUUCCUUCCCCUCUCUUCCCCAUCCCCCCCUAGACCAGGUCCCAUGUAGCUGGAGCUGACUUCAAUCUCAUGACAUAGCUGGGAGUAGAUGACCUUGAACUUCUGAUCCUCAGUCCCUAGUUCUUUUUGUGCCUGGAUAUUGUAUUUUCUCUGGGAGCCUGUCCAGCAUUUUCCUCCAAUAAACUUCAUUCCAGGAUACAA